AUGAAUCAUGAAUUUGGGAAAGUGCUUUUCUUUAGUGUCAGUGAAAAUUGUGAAAUGCCACAGCCAUUUGUAAUUUUUUCUUCCACUAUUGGCCUAAAAGAUUUGGUGCAUGAUAUAUUAAUUCCUGAAAGUACUCGGUAUGCAGAACAAUCAUGCAACGCAUUCAGCACAAAUGACGAUGAAAUCAAGGCAUUUCUUGGUAUGAACCUGGUAAUGGGGUACCAUAUUUUGCCUCCAUUUAGAAGCUACUGGGCAACUGAACCCGAUUUAGGUGUUCCUUAUAUAGCUCAGAUUAUGCCACUACAUCGGUUUGAAGAGAUUCGAAAGUACUUACAUUUUUCCAACAAUGCAGAUCAGUCAAUAAAGGAAUACCGCACAUACAAAGUGAGACCUGUAAUUACCUAUUUGAAUAAAACCUUCCAGGAAUCUCUUAGUGCAACUAGGGCUCAAACUGUAGAUGAGCAUAUGAUCAGAUUCAAAGGACAUAAUAUUAUGCGACAGUAUGUCAAAAAUAAUCCAGUCAAAUGGAGUUUCAAAAUGUGUUGCAGAUGUGAUUCGGAAACUGGCUACCUAUUUGAAUGUCAUUUAUACAUUGGUAAAAAAAACUCAGGUCCUGAAGUAGGGCUUGGUGAGUCAGUAGUUCUGCAACUGACAAAAUCACUAUCCGGACUGGGAUGUGAAAUUUACAUAGAUAACUUUUUUAACUCUCCAGCUUUGCAGUAUUACCUUGGUUUAGAAAAUAUCAGAUCAUGUGGAACAGUGUGCACCAAUCGUAAAAACAUCCCAUAG